AUGAGUGCAGGAGGUUUGUUCAGCGGUGUGUCUCUCCCCUGGAUGUCUCACCUGACCGUGGCCAACCUGACCCUGAACCUGGGUCUGGGGCUCCCGGAGCAGUCCGUCCUCCAGCCGGCGUGGGACUACCUCCUGCAGCACCACCAGGCUGAGCUGCGGAGCCCUCUGUUCCCCGUGGUCAUCUCUGUCUCUACCUACCUCCUCCUGGUGACCCUCUACACCCUGCUAGACCUCCUGGCCCCCAGCUGGCCCGCCCUCAACAGCUACAAGAUCCACCCAGACAGACCCGUCACCUGGGACAACAUCUGGACCACCCUGUACCUCACGGCCUACAACCACCUGGUCUAUAUCUUCCCUGCUGCUGUGGGCCAGUGGCUGUGGAGGCCUCCUAUUCCGCUCCCCCGUGACGCACCCACUCUAAUGAGCUUCCUCCUGGGCAUCCUGGGGUGCAUGGUGGUCUUUGACUUCCAGUUCUACCUUUGGCAUCUUCUCCACCACAGAGUCCCCUGGCUGUACCGCACCUUCCACGCCAUGCACCACCAGUACCUUCAGCCAUUCAGCCUGGUCACCCAGUACGUGUCCGCCUGGGAGCUGAUCAGCUCGGGCUUCUGGACCACUGUGGACCCCCUCCUGCUGCAGUGCCACUGCCUGACCGCCUGGGGCUUCAUGGUGUUCACCAUCUGUGUGUCCACUGAGGACCACUGUGGCUACGACUUCCCCUGGUCGCUGCACCGCCUGGUGCCCUUCGGCCUGUGGGGCGGACCCCCCAAACACGACGCUCACCACCGGAUGCCCGGGACAAACUUCGCCCCGUUCUUCUCCCACUGGGACUGGCUGGGGGGGACUAACAUGGUGCCCACCCCCUCCAAAGAGAAAUAUGUUGAGGAAGGUCUAAAGGGGAGGAAAGAUAAAGGAGCUUGAGUGUUGCUUUUUUUCUCCUCCCUCUCUCCCUUGACCGCUUUUGUGUGUAUUUCAUCCAAUCUCUCUCCCCUCCUUACUCUAUCUCUACUGUCUUUCUCUCUGUCCACCUCUCUCUCUCUUCCCCUCUUCCAUCUUUCUUUGUCUUUAUGAAAUGUAAUGACUUCAUACUAACUGCGCUCUGUGGCUCUCUGUCAGAUCUCUGGUUUUGUGUGAUAUUGAUUUGUUUUGGAUUACUCUGUGGUUUUUCAUUGGUUUCCAUGGCAUUCUCAGGUCAGACUUCCCUACAUUUGAAAUGUGUGUGUUUUACUAAUACCUCUAAAAUCCAUGCUGAAUGGAGUUUUAUAUUUUUGCUAAGUUGUUUGCUAUUGACAUUUUCUUAUGUUUCUCUGUUUUGAACUCUUUUUGAAUACAUUUUUGUUUUGUAAAUCCUAUGACAUACUAUAUGGAUAACCUGAUAUAGCAUAACUGUCUGUUGCUAGAAGAGAGACAUGUAAACAUAAGACAGCACAAAUGUUUUACAGACAUUUUCAUAAUUUGAGUUUUGUUAAAUUAACACAGUUGAAGGAUUUGCAGCACAGCAAUUCAAGCAGGGUAACACACAGACACACGCACACACAGACACACAAACCAGAGAGCUGAAUGGCAGUCUUUUAGCUGUGUCCAGUGUGCCGCCAGAGUGAUGCGUGGGGCCAAUACUAAUUUAUCAUCCUCUCUUUCAGACGCUAUCAAUACUCUCAUUGGCAGAGACCCCUACACUGCCCCUUCCACCACAAAACACCUUCUUUGUGAUCCAUGAUCUUCAGCCUGUGGCCUAA